UAAGCCAGUUUUUCUUCCGACCGUUUUCGUGGAUUCAUGUUCAACAGACUCUCGCUCAACAGUCAACAAAUAACGCGGUUGUUAAGUGUUUACUUUUGGCGCUAGUGGAGGCUUUCCUUUUAGCUAAAUGUUUUGCCGAUUAAUUUCGGGGGCAUCAUACAUCGGCACCAGUUUCAACAAGUGAGGGCUCGCUUGGAAAACAAUCUUCAGAUGAGGACAACUUUCUCGCAUCUCGAGUUGCUCGUGAUUUGUUUGUAAAGCACACAACGUUUGAUCACCGCGUGGAUCAGAAACGAAAAAAGUACAACUAACGUAAACAAAUUGCAAAAAAAAAAAAAAUUGAAUAGUUUGAUUGUCUUCUGUUUAUUAGCAUUUCUUUUGUGCUGACUUAAGACAAAAAAGUGAUUGUGCGUUUGUUUUUAAAUGUGUGUCAUUGUGUCAAAAAUGUUCGUUUUGAUUGAAAAAUGGCUUUUAAAAUAUAUCGCUGAUAUUUAAUAUAAGUUUAUCAAACAUGAUAAGUGUAAUGUUGUUGUCAAUACAUGCGAUACAUUGAAAUAGUACAAUUUGUGAAUUCUCACUUUUGACAUUACAUCAACUCAUAAAUUUUUUAGGAAAAUAGUCAUACGAUUCAAAUUUUUACUGUGAUAAUUGAUUUGAAAAGGCAUAAGUGUAAUUUCAGUUCUGCAAUUCAUCUGUGCACUCGUUGGUCGUCGGUUUUGAAUCUGAACUGAAAGUUAUCAAAGGUUUGCGUUCCUUCAGAUAGCACGUUGUUCAGUUUUCCUAUAAUACAUUUGGAAGGCCCCGCCGCAAAAAAAAAAAUCGAAUUCGAAGAGGAAAUUCAUACGGCGAAAAUCUUGCAGUUCCUGUGAUAUAGUGUGCAAAUUUCAAAUUUUUCGAGACAUUCAUCCAAAAAUCUAGCAAAAUUUUUCAAAUGACUUCGAACGCCAUCAAGGGCAUUCGACGGAAAAAGUCGACGCUCUCUGAAGUGAAAAUUGCCAUUGUUGGAGCUCCUGGAGUCGGAAAAAGUGCUUUGACUGUUCGAUUCAUCACAAAGCGGUAUAUAGGAGAAUAUGACCAUCAAUCAGAUUUGAGGUACAAGCACGAAGCAAUGGUUGAUGGGGACGCCAUUAUUUUUGAUCUACUUGACUCCUGUCCGAAGACUCUUGACGAGGUGCCAAGUUCGGAAACAUUAAACUGGGCCGACGGUCUCGUGCUGGUGUACGCCAUCACCGACCGAAAUUCGAUUAAUUACAUCAAGAGGGUCAAACUUAUGCUCGGAUCCAUCGACUUGCCCACCGUUCUCAUCGCCAACAAAGGGGAUUUAAUUCACCUCCGACAGAUCUCCACCGAGGAAGGUGAGAAUUUGGCGAGAAGCUUUGACUGCUGGUUCAAGGAAGUAACAGCGGCAGAGCAAGUUUCCCAGAUAGCCGACGUUUUCCACGAAUUAUGCAGGGAGAUCUUGCAGAUCCGAAAGAAGAACAAACAAUCGCUCCUGGACAGAAUGCUCGGCGGGAAAACCGUGGUGCGGACUUAUGCGCGCGGCAAAAGUGAUAGCGCACUUCCGAAGGAGCGGAAUAACGAUUGAUACUCCGAUGCAAAGUCUGCCGUGCUAAGGAAGAACGCCGUAUGAACAUUCGAGAGUUGCCAAAUUUCCCUGGAUGAAACAUGUAUUUUUGACAACAUUCAUGCGUAUUUUUCCUUGAAAUUUUCAGUUAUUUUAGAGUAAAUCGCGUAGGUACAACAUUGUCUGAAAAUUUUGGAAAAUAAUAUUCGCAAUUUGCCCAGUUAGCUCGGUUUUUAUCGAAGGAAACUUGGCAACGUCUGAAGGCUUUUACGGCGUUCUUCCUAAGUACGGCAGAAGUGCGCUCCUUCUUGCAUUAUUCUCCGGUUCAGCAGUAACGGACACCUUUCAAUGGUGUCAGAAGACAGUUGCGGACUCACUAUCAGUGGCAUGUGCUUACACAGAGACGUUGUCAGGGACUCGUCGUGGUGACAAAGAAAAACAUGUAUCAUCGCAGCAUUGCGGUGGUUCAAAAUUCCCGUCUUUUUUAUAUUUCUUAGUUCCCCUCACGAAAGAAUGUCGAAAGAAUGUUUUCAAUGCUGCCUAAUUUCCUAGCGCAAAUUGGUUUUCUCACCAGGAGAUUUUUGGGGAAUUUCCAGCUGAAAGUUACGCUGAUUUCUCUCCUGAUCUCGUACGAAAAUUAGACAAAUUUUCAAUGAAAAUUGCGGAUGUUUUUUUCUUGUAAAAAAUUGAAUUUUUAAAUCAAUUUUGCAACCUUGGAAGAGCCCCCUUCAUCUGGGAAACGACGAGUUUAUCAAGUAUCGCCCAAUAUUUUUGAAUUCGAGUCUCAGAGGAAAUUUUUUGGCUCUCAAAAAAGAAGAAUGUUGACUUUACUAAGCAAAUCACGCACUAUUUCGUAGUAUAAUUAUAAUUGGUUACCAUUCAAAAAUUUAGAGUGUGAAAGGAAAACUGCAAUGUCACAGCCCAACAGAGGUACUCGUGAUUCAAUAUCCAGUCCAUUUCGGAAGGAAACAGGAGAGAGUAGGUGAGAAAAAGGAUAAGUUUACCUUCUACUAGAGCGACUUAAUUUUCAAAAUUUCACGAACAGUCCCAAUAAAUUAUAGCUUUCCAGUGGACUAAUAAGGCUAUGGGUUUAAUAUCGAAAGCCUCUUGAGUAAGAGCCUUCCAUACCGACGAUUCAAACUGGAUCAUUGGGUUUACCUAACGCAUUCUGCACUACUUCAUCUUAAGUUAAUGAGGCAUAAGUUUUUUAAGGUUUUUCUUGUUUCACCCUGCUUAAUCGAGUCAUUGUUAUUUUUUCAUUUUGCCAUUUAAGACUGCAGGGCUCUGAAUUAUUUUGCAUAGCUUCUAGUAGGUACCCCAGUCUUACAUGUGCUCUGUAUGUUCCACCUAUAUUAUUCAGCCCCUCUUUUGUACUUCUGAACAGGAUAUUUACAGAUGCCAUGGAUGAAACAUUUAAAAAUAUAUACCUAUUAAUAGUGAAAUACAUAUGGGGGGCUUGGAAGGCAAGUGGAAUAAGUGCAUUCUUUUAAAAAUUGAGAUAUUGUUGAUUUCAACUAAAACUAGUCUAAAAAUAUAUUCUUAAGUUCACCAUGAAAACCCAAUUUUUAGACACUAGAAAGAGGGUUUGAAAUGUCUUUCCGCUAUGAGGAUCCAUGUAAUUUUGAAACUUUCAACACGUAUCUAUUUCUUGAAAUAGCAAAAACUGCACGUAUAUCCCACUUGUCCUCCAAGCCGCUCAGUUUAGGUACCUACGUACAGAUUAGUACCUUUCACAAGGAGAAUUCUAUAGUAAUAUGCAUAAUAUAAUAGCUGCUAUAAGUAUACAGUACCUUUGUAAGGAACAUUCUACAAGGUAGCAUAUCUUGUUCAUCUAAAUACCUACAUUAAGUAAAUUGCAUGGUUUAGAAGUUUUGAAAAUUUACUGAUUAUUUAAACUUGUGUUAAGUAGGAAAUGUGUAUACGCCUUAUCUGCCCAAUUUAUCACAAAAUUUUUUCUUGUUCUAAGUCACUUCUUAAAAUGCUCCUAAAAAUUUUAGUCCAGUUGAUCUAGCAUUGUUCUGGAAAAAUCAAUAUGUAGAAGGUUUCUGUGCGAGAACUUGUUGUAAUACCACAGCAACAUGGGUCUGUAACAAAAGUUUACCGGAAUCGGCUGACAAGCAAGCGCACUGUGUUUGGUGCAAUGCGUGAAGUAUUCACGCACUCUUGUAGGCGCUAAUUUGCGCCGGCCAGCGCAUGCAGCGACCGCAACUGAGUUUUGCGCAAUGCGUGAAGUAUUCCUGCAGUCUUGUAGGCGCUCAUGUGCGAUCUGCUCCAGCUGGCGCGCAGCAGCCGCACUAUGUUUGGCGCGAUCAGAAACGAUGAUACAACAUUAGAUUUGAAAGAAACUGUUGAAACAGAGAAUAAAUAAUAAUUUUGUAGGAUGACUGGGUAAAAUUAAUGAAACGGUUCAUGCAGAAUGCAGACAAAAAUAUUCAAAUAAUGAGUCUGUCUAAAGUUAAUGUAAAUGAAAACAAGAAGUAGCAGAUGCUAAUGCGAGUACAGUUUCACCCGUGAAAAAGAGACUAACACCGGGGGAAAAUUUUGACGCGUAGAGACAGCGUUUAUUUUACCAGUAAAGAAUUGCACAGAGGAGUUUGAAAAGGAAAUAUGCAUGCAGAUUGCCCGCAGCAAUCAGAUAAUUCAAAUGUGACUGUUUAAUGGGUUCAGUUGUCGUGCACGUAAAUCAGCAGUGCUUUAACGCAAAAUCGCAAAAGGAGAUUUUGUCGUCCUCCCCUCUUUCUUUUUUGCUCACUGGUAACAAGCUCAAGUAACACCGUAAGGAGGAAGAGGGGAGGGUUAAGAUGAGCUAGAUCAUUUAUGUCGCAAAAUCAAAAUUUCAUUUUUCUUGAACUGAUUACAUUUUAGAUCCGCUAUCAUACCUUGUAAAAUUUAUACAACUCAUAAGUACUUUUUUAACCUGAUUUCCUGUCGAUCUAUUACGGAGUCCGAUUAGUUUGAAGUAGAUUCUGAGAAAAUUAUUUCAUUUUCCAAUUGUUUUCAACUUGGUGGAAGAAUCAGCAUAAACCAUGGCAAAUAAGCGAGGCGCGAUACAGCGCGGCCAAGCCGAGACUCGCCACCGUAUACAGCAGCCGCCAUUGGGUCGGACCGCAUAGUUAUCCAGGGGCGGACCCCUUAGUAAAAUACUAGGCACUGCUCCUUUGAAAAUUUUAUGCUCUUCGAUUUCAGCGAGGGCAAUUUUUUUCCUCAGACUCGCCGUUUUUAUAAUUGUAGAUUUCGUGGGAAAAGCGUGAAUUCUAGCAAAAGUCGACUUUCCUAAUUGGACAAAACUACCGCCAUCUCAUAAACUGGAGGUAACAAGUUAAUAAAUGUACACACUGUUUCUAAUAGGAAAUUUUGUGCUCUUUACAAGAGGUAUGACAUUAUCCCGUGAGAUUGAUUCUUUUGAGAAAAACCGGUCGCCAGCGGCGUAUUUUGGCUAAUCAGCCCGACUUUUUUCGAGAUGGUGGCCUUAGCGGACAGCUAUAAUUCUGGUACCUAAACUUUCGCUAUGUUGUUCUGGUGGUCGAUUGCAACAUGUUCAUGCAAAGAAACCUUCCACAUAUUGAUUUUUCCAGAUUGCACUUUUUUAGUGCUGUAAUUUGAUGGGACUAUUUCAGAAAGGCCUAUUUUAGCAAGACUGAAUUUAUCUGUCAUUAAACUUUUUAAAUCAAGAGAUAAUUCCUCAAACCGAGAAAGUAAUGAUGGAUUUUUUGAUAAGACAUUUUCACAGCUAUUAGUAAAAGUUUCAGAUAAAUAUUUCUAGAAAUGAGGCAAAGUACGAUUCUCAACUAGAAGAUAGGCUUAUUUUAAGUUAUACUUUUUUGUACGUAUAUUAAAUGGUAUAAAGUGAAAACGAUUGUGUGUAUUUUUGCUCUAUUUAAUCCUCCUGUCUCAACCACUAUGGCACAGGGUAGUGAUGUAACUUGAUGAGUUGAAUGUGAAAUGGGCAUAAGUUGCAAAAUUUAUGUUUUAAAUAAAAAACGAGCAUAAUGAGUCAAA